AUGAGCAAUCUCCAUCUUUACACCUCGGCACGCUUCCGCAAUUUUCCGACGGCAUUUUCUCUACGUCAUAACAACAACGACCCUAACAACCAACGCCGCCGAUCCAUCUUCUCUGAACUCCGUAACAAAACCCUCGAUCCGAGAGGUGACCUAAUCACGAGAUGGAACCACAUCUUCCUCGUCACAUGCCUUCUCGCUCUCUUUCUCGAUCCUCUUUAUUUCUAUCUCCCCAUUGUCCAAGCCGGAACCGCAUGUAUGUCCAUCGACGUCAGUUUUGGUAUCCUCGUCACCUUUUUCCGAACCCUAGCUGAUCUUUCCUUUCUCAUCCACAUUUUCCUCAAAUUCAAAACCGCCUUUGUCUCCAAAUCAUCAAGAGUCUUUGGUCGUGGAGAGCUUGUCAUGGAUCGUCGUGAAAUUGCCAUUCGCUACCUUAAAACUGAGUUCGUCAUUGACCUCGCUGCCUCGCUUCCUCUUCCUCAGAUAAUGAUUUGGUUUGUGAUACCAAAUGCUGGAGAAUUCAGAUACGCAGCUCAUCAGAACCACACACUUUCCUUGAUCGUCCUGAUACAGUACGUACCACGCUUCGUCGUCAUGCUUCCUCUCAACCGAAGGAUCAUUAAAGCAACCGGUGUCGCAGCCAAAACAGCAUGGUCUGGUGCAGCAUACAAUCUCAUCCUCUACUUGCUUGUGAGCCACGUUCUUGGAUCGGUUUGGUACGUUUUAUCGAUCCAAAGACAGCAUGAAUGCUGGAGAAGAGAGUGCAUUAAAGAGAUGAACGCAACGCAUUCACCAUCUUGUACGCUCUUGUUUCUAGAUUGUGGAUCAUUGCAAGAUCCAGGUAGACAAGCUUGGAUGCGGAUUACUCGGGUUCUCUCAAAUUGUGAUGCACGCAAUGACGAUGACCAGCAUUUUCAGUUUGGUAUGUUCGGUGAUGCGUUCACUAAUGAUGUCACCUCUUCUCCUUUCUAUGAUAAAUACUUCUACUGUCUUUGGUGGGGUCUUCGUAACCUCAGUUCUUAUGGACAAAGUCUUGCAGCGAGUACACUGAGUAGUGAGACUAUAUUCAGUUGUUUCAUCUGUGUUGCGGGGCUAGUUUUCUUCUCUCAUCUCAUUGGAAAUGUUCAGAACUAUCUACAAUCGACGACGGCUAGGUUAGAUGAAUGGAGAGUCAGAAGAAGAGACACAGAGGAAUGGAUGCGACAUAGGCAAUUGCCAGAAGAGUUACAAGAGCGUGUAAGGCGAUUCGUCCAAUACAAAUGGCUAACGACUCGUGGAGUCGAUGAAGAAGCUAUCCUACGGGCUCUACCGCUGGAUCUUCGUCGCCAGAUCCAACGACAUCUCUGUCUUGCCCUCGUUCGCCGAGUGCCGUUCUUCGCACAGAUGGAUGACCAGCUCUUGGAUGCGAUAUGUGAGCGUCUAGUUCCAUCCUUGAACACAAAAGACACGUAUGUGACGCGUGAAGGCGAUCCUGUAAACGAGAUGCUUUUCAUCAUUAGAGGUCAGGUGGAGAGUUCAACUACAGAUGGUGGACGGUCAGGGUUUUUUAACUCCAUCACGCUUAGACCAGGAGAUUUCUGCGGUGAAGAACUUUUAACUUGGGCUUUAAUGCCAAAUAUUACUGUUAAUCUGCCAUUGUCCACUAGAACCGUUAAGACUCUCUCUGAGGUAGAAGCUUUCGCUCUCCGAGCAGAGGACUUGAAGUUCGUAGCUAACCAAUUCAGACGUCUCCACAGCAAGAAACUCCAACAUGCUUUCAGAUACUAUUCACAUCAAUGGAGAGCAUGGGGAACUUGUUUUAUACAAGCUGCGUGGAGACGGUACGUGAAGAGGAAGUUAGCAAUGGAAUUAGCAAGGCAAGAGGAAGGAGAGGACUACUAUUAUGAUGAUGAUGAAGACUAUCAAUACGAUGAGACCAUGCCGGAGAGUAGUAACGGAGAGGAGAACAGCAGCAAUAAUCAGAAUUUGAGUGCGACGAUAUUAGCGUCUAAGUUUGCGGCUAAUACGAAGAGAGGUGUUUUAGGGAACCAAAGAGGGUCUUCAAGAAUUGAUCCUGAUGAUCCAUCUUUGAAGAUGCCUAAAAUGUUUAAACCAGAGGAUCCAGGAUUUUUCUAA